GAGUGGACAGGAUGGGGAAGACGCAGCGAGGGCUGGAAAACACGAACUGAGCGCUUCGAGAAGUGUUAAAAACUACUUUCAAAGUUACCCACGUUAUGGCCGAAGCUCGCCGCGGCAUGUGUUAGUGUCUUACAGAGAAGCAGCAACUUUGGCAGUACGUGUUUUUCACUGCGAUAAGAAGUACGGCCACUUUCGGAGGAUGUCAGCCCCGAGCAACUCGCUCCAGCAGCCGAGGGUGAGACGCAGCAAUGCGGGCUCCCCCGGCUCGUUCAGCAACAGCAGCUGCCGCCUGCACCCCAUCCGUGCCACCGUGCCCUACCAGCUACUUCGUGGGGGUCAGAGCAGCCCAACUCGGGCUCAAACCCUGUACGGAGGGGCCACGAACAGCCGGGGCUCGAGUCCCCCCUCCAGUCCGACGCUCAGUUCAGGAAGUGCAAAUGCUAAACAGAGACUGUCCCCCGAAAAUAAGGAGUCGUCCUGUCCCCCAGACUCUCCAGUUUCCAGAGCAGAAAGGUCCAAACUACAGGUGCGGAGUUCCAGCGCCAUUCGACGAGCAUCUUCCUUAGAUGCUAUCACCGGGCCGUAUCUCACUGGCCAGUGGCCUCGGGACUCUCAUGGACCCUACCCUUCCUGUAUGAAAGACAAAGCCACACAGACUCCAGGUCUCUGGAUUGACGAGGGAGCAGAACAGGGAAGUCCUCACCAGCGGUCCGCCUCCUGGGGCAGCGCAGACCACCUCAAAGAGCAGAUUGCUAAACUGAGACUGCAGCUGCAGCGCAGCAAACAGGUCAGCCGGCAGAGCAAAGACAGAGAGCAGAGCUCACUGCAGCUGCCACAACAGGCGCAGCAUGGUGCUGCAUGCCAACCCCAGUACAAAGGAACUUCAUCCACCAUGACAACAAUCCCCAUGACAAAGUCCCUCAUAUGCAGAGUGCCGAGCAGCGUGGAGGGCAUCAAUCAUGAGCUGGAGAAUGUGUUUAUCCGAGAGGACUGGGAGCAGGGGAUACAGGCCAUGGAUGCGGUAGACGGCCGCCGCGCCCCCUUCCCACCGCAUCGCUACAGCAACAGCGGGGACACGCGUGACACGGACACGCAGGCCCCUUCGAGUGGCGAGUCUAGUCCGUCGCCCCGGCCCUGCAGCUCCGACCACCUCCACUCCCCCGAUGGAAGCCCCUGCUCUGCUGAGGAAAUCGACAAAGACAGCGUGUGCAGCUCUCCUCUCCCCAAGUUCGCCACUUCUCCCAAACCUAACAACAGCUAUAUGUUCAAACGGGAACCUCCGGAGGGCUGCGAGAGGGUCAAAGUGUUCGAGGAGUUGGUGUCCGGCAAAUCAAAAGGCUUCCCUCUCUUCUCGUGCCCCGACAAAAACAAGGUGAACUUCAUUCCCAGGGGCUCCGCCUUCUGCCCCGUCAAACUCCUCUGCUCCUCUUUGUUCUCCCCCGUGUCUCCCUCCUCCUGCUCCUCCAUCAACCCCGGUCUCCAUGGCAACAGCAGCCCGGGACCUCAGGUGACCCCGACUCUGGCCACGGCGCCGCUAGCUACCUUCGCGACCUCCACAGACCGGAACAGCGACUCGAGCAGCAGCAGCAGCAGCAGCGUAAACUCAGACAACAGCACAGACAGCCAGAGCCCCGACACAGAUGUGGGGAAAGAUGACUCGGCACAAGUUCUCCUCACCAGCUAGUCCUCAGGUAUUCAUGACCAGACCGCCUACAGGCUAAAUAUUGCAACUAGUUAGGUGGUAUGGUUUAAAAGAGAAAAAAAGAAAAAAAAAAAGUCCUUGCACUCCGAUAAUCCUAACGUUAGCCAGCAGGGAGUGCCCAAGGUCUGGAAAUGACAAACGCCUCGGAGGAUAAUGGUACCAGCGUCCUGCUGCAGGAGCUGAUCCUAGUGUUAGCCCCGCUGUAGGUGAUGUUUUAAUCAGAAUACUUGAUGGUUUGGGCGUUGUUGCUGACCUUGGGCACAGCCUCUCUUCACCCAUCACUAACCUAGCCUUCUUCUCUGUACCGCAACGACACCCAUAACAGAAAUAGCUUUGCUUUAUUUACGAAAAAAUAGAAACGACUGCUUAAAUUAUUGUGUUACUUAGCGUCAGCAGUUUUAUCAGGAUGAAAUUCAAGGAAAAAUCCAAAACUUUCAUGAGAGUCGACUAUGAGGUAUCAGACACAUCGUACUCAUGUUAUCUAACCAGCUUCGUAGCUGUUCAGUGUUCAGCCAGCUAACAUCUAAAAUACAUACGCUGCGUUUUUUGUUUAAAGUUUUGGGAUGUCUUCUAGUCAGAGUACUUUGCCCCACAUUAGACUCAGAAGGAAGCAGGCCGCGGGCCUUUCUUCACUUGUUUAUUUGAAUGUAUUUGUAGCAAAUGUCUUUGUGAAACCAGCAGUUGCUUGAUUGCAGCCUCCACCCAACAGGCCUACAGCCAAACCUUAGACCUGCAUUCCUAGUCCGAUCACUAAUACAACUUGGUAAGCUAAAGACAAAAAUGCAAAUAUCAGCUGUUUAUUCAGUGACCAAAUGACCAAUCACAAAGCACACAGCUCCUCACUGUCCUCGUUUUUUGUUUUUUUUUUUGCCCCACACUACCCAGAACAAUAACUCAGGUCAUGUAGAAUGUACUUGUUGGACUCUGUUGCCUUUCCCCAGUGUUCAUGACUUUCUUCUACAAAACGACAUUCCAGUCUUUUUGCAGAAACGUUUAAUUCUUGCCCUGCAGAGGGACGUUAUGACAGACUGAAUCAAUCGAUUGAUGUCGGACAAGUUACCGCGUUCAGGUUAGAGCUUCAGGUGCUACGACACAUUCCAGAGAUGGCUGUUGCAUCGGUCAACAGGACUGGCUCCAUAAGCUGCACCCUCCCACAUUUACAGGUUGACAAUUAUGUCUUUUGUUUAACCCCCUCUUUGUUAAAUAUGUACCAAAGCAAAUUGCGAAACGAUGAAAGGCCUGACAUGGAUUGGGAACACGCGGGACACCGUUUUGUGCCAGAAGAAGAAUGUUUGUGUAUUUCAGUUUGUAUAUGAACAAUUCAGCGACAUGUAAACAAACAGCGGCUCAUUGUGUUUCAGACACAGGCUCCAGUCAUUACAACCAAGCCUAAGCACUUAUUUGGAAGUGAAAUGAUAAUCACUGUUUUUAUUUUAGACCAAUUUAAAGCAAUCAGAAAAAGAGAGUGCAAUUAAUUAUUGUUUGAAGUAAAGCUACACUAAAACAUUGUGUCACACGGCCGGCUCGUACAGUCUCCACCACAUGUGGCCUAAAACUACUCGCACAAGUUCAGUAUUCAGAACAUAUUAAAGCAAAAAACAAAAGCGUGACUGAUGUGUACCAGUUAAACUGUGAUGAGGAUUUAACUAGUAAAUACUUCAUUCCAGACCUUUUGUCUCAUCGACCACUUGCACACACACACAAACACAAACAUGAACAACAUGUGCUGCGCAUGCCACAUAAAUUAAAUGUUCUGCUUGCAACUCCGGGAGUUUCAAUCGUACUAAUUCUGACUUUGUUCACAAGCUAAUUGUGCAGCGCAGUUAAAAGAUGGUUGCCGUGUUUGGCGAUGAUGAUGAUGAUCCAGUUCUCCUGUGUAUUACACGUUUUUAUGUAGAUCUUGUGUGUUUUUCAAUAAAGAAAACAAAACGUG